GCUCCCGGGGCGCGGCCAUGCACCGGCGCGGAGGCCGGAGAGCAGCGCUCUGAGGCCCCGGCCCCGCGGCCCUCCCUGCAGGGAUGUUCAAAAAUGAGUACCAGGGAGGGCCAUUUGUUGAAAUCUUCAGUGCCCAGGGCAAAAAUCCUGGAGCAAAAUGGAAGAUCUCUGGCAGUCCAUCUGUAAUUUGGAAAGAGUUUGAUAAAGAAGUUAAAAGUUUUGUCUUUGUCCUUGAAGGCAGUAGCCAGACCAACAAAAUUCAGUUACCAAAGGAGAAUAAACAAAUUCUUGGCCUGAUCCAGCGGUUUCUUGUACUUCAGAUUUACGUGCCCCUGGGACAAGACUUCUCUACUGAAUUGCUGAUAACUGAUUUAGGGAACAUUAAACGAAGAUUGUAUUUAUCAACAGUCCAUAAGGAGCUUUCUGCAACCCCUCUCCACGCAAAAAUUCCACUUUUUAUGAUCAAGCGCAAAAUUUGGUGCAAUCUGUGUAUUGACUUGGUAGCCUUCACCAGUGACAUCUUCAAGGGAGCCGUAUUCCAGUCUUUGGAUGGAAUCAUUGUCUCUGCCAACUGCAAGCUCCGAAAGAUCUUUACUCUGAAGUCCAGACCUCGAGACACUGCUGACAGAGAGGAUAUAUAUGGUGCUCCCUUUACAACAGACGGGCCUACAGAUAUCAUUCCUCGAAGCUGCCAAUUAACUACAGAUGUACCUCAAAUUACCCAACUGCUAAAUAUGACUAAGCUUCGCCAAACAGAAAUGAAAUUUGGAGGUCAACCCUUAACAUUAACAGAACCAGAUCAGUUUAUUAACAGAGGAUCAGGCAGCGUACGAAACAGUAAGAAUCAAGGUGUCUGUCACAUUGCAUUUGGAUCCAAGGUGCUUGGACCACCUCCACCUUCUGGUAGAAGACAUAGCAUAAGAACAUCUGGAGAGACUGUAAAAUCCAGAAGUAGCAGAACUUGCCAGCAGCCUACUGUAGAAAAAUGUACUAACCGGUCAGAAAUGUCAAGCCUACAGUUCUAUGAGUCAGAAGAGCAAGGAGACAAAGAAAAUAUUCAUCUAGAAAAGCAGAUUACACCUAUUAAUGCUGAUCUCCGUGUUAUGCAUCCACAUCCCCCUCAAGAACCAUUGGCAGAUAAGAAUAAUAGUAGACGAAGAUUACGGCUAAAAAGCACCAGCAAAGACAGAACAGAGACACCCAGUGGGAGCUCCUCAGGAAACAGCCGUAAUGAAGAUAUAACACCAGCCAAGCUCACCACUGUAUGCCAUCAAAGAAUGAACAGUGCAGUGACAUUAAAUGUCGCCAGUCAUCAGCAACUAUCUCCUCAUCAAACAGAUGAGUGGGUAUUUCCUGAAAAUUACAGAGAUCAUUUUCCUUUGGACUCCAGCAAACAAUCCAUAACCGUGGAAGAUGAUUCCUGCAAUAAUUCACACCAGUUGCCAGAAAACAGCAAAAAAAAUGGAAAUAGCAGUCAAAGAGAGGAAACCCGAAGUAUUCCAAAUGAGAUUUUUACAUUUUCCUCAAAGCCGAGGUCCUUGCCUCACGGAAGGUGUCAGACUGUGUGUGCAGAAGGGGGCUUUCUGACGGAUAUGAAGGAGGACGACAGUGGGAAGAGGAGAGGAGCCCAGUUGGAAGAUGAUUUUUGUGGAUGCGACAGCAGUGAAGAGGAUAACCAGAGUCUAUUCAUCCAUGAUACACCAGGCCCUGCAGCUAGCCUCAGCACAUCAGGGUUAUGUGAAUUAACAGUUUCAUCAGAGCUACUGUUAGAAAAGAUUCUGGGAAAGGCUGGAAGCAGGACAUAUAAAGGAUAUGUAAAAAGUUCCUGCAUGGAAACAGCAGCAUCUGAACCCCAAAACAGUGUUCAGAAGAGUGUGGGGCCUACUCCAUGCCUGUCACCCACUCUGAGAAGGCCUGACUUGUCUAAGGAAACUCCAGGCACCAUCACAAAAGCAAAGGACCUACCAGUUUGCCACCAAGUAACAGCAUCAAUAAACAAAACUUCCCUAAAAGAAAUCCCGGUGGAAAGUGCAGGACUGUUCACUGACGCACCUGAAUAUGACUGGACAAACUACCAGCCAAGCCAGAUGAGUGAAUCUGAGCUGCAGAUGCUGGCCAGCAUGAGAAGGCAACAGAUUGAAGAACUGGAAGAUGUCGGGGCCUCUCAUGGUCUGAGUGCAUCUCAGGUUGACAAUUGUAACGUCAGCAUCAGUAGCAGCAGUGACGAUACCACCACGUGGAACUCCUGCCUGCCACCACCUGUCAAUCAAGGACGUCACUAUCAGAAGGAAAUGGAUCCUCCUUCUCCUUCUAAUCCUCGGGAUUGGUUAAAUGUGUUCAGUCCACCUAUUGUCCCCCGUAGCCAGCAGCCUGCAGAGCACCUGGAUUCCUCAGGAAGUUUGAGUGUUCAAGGGGAGGAUGACCUAAGUGCCGAAGAGGAUGGGGACGUGCUGACUCUGCUGUAUGAUCCAUGUCUCAACUGCUACUUUGACCCCCAGACUGGGAAGUACUAUGAGCUAGCUUAACCCAUGAUCCGGGGCCCAGGAGGCGGCCGCCACCAGCAGGACAGCGCUGUGUCAGGUGUUCCCCGGCGUGUGCGUGUGCGUUGUGUGGUCACACUUAAAUCAGAACCAUUAGGCAGAGAACCAAACGUGUUUGUAAGUACCACUGAAUGUUCAGAAACGGCUCCAUCGUUUUUACAGAUUUAUAUUCAUUUAAAACCUUGUGCAGAACUAGCAUAAGGACAGAAUCUUAGGACGAUGGGAGCUUUUUCUUAUUUGUUCUGUAUCAAAUAGAUGAUUUUGUUUACUUCCUAUUAUAAUUCUUAUGUAAACCAAUUAAGACUUAUUAAUUCAUAUGUUUUGCAGUGUUAAUUUGUAAAUGAUGGCUUGAUAUCCGGAAACUGUAUUCUUUUCUUACCUGUUAAAAAUCUAUUUGGGCACCUUCUAUUUUAUUAUAUAUUCAUAUUACCAGAAAGAAAAUAAAGUAUGAUA